AUGGUGAAGCUCUUGAUGCUGCUGAUGCUGCCUCACACAAUGUGUGAAGUCAGGACAAUGAAGUGCCCUGCAGCUGAUCCAAUCCUUGUGCCCCAUGAAUGGGGUCAAGUAGGAGACCUCUUCAUUGGUGGGAUUGUAAGUCAGACCACCUACCUUUUUGAAGAAGUUUUAUUCAAGGAACAUCCUUCUCAAGAGCUGUUUGACAUUCCACAAAUAAAAAUCAAGUUCUAUCAGAACAUCCUGGCCUUGGUGUUUGCGAUAAAAGAGAUCAAUGACAAUCCGAAGAUCUUGCCCAAUGUCACCCUUGGUUUCCACAUCUAUGACAGCUAUUUUAAUGAGAGAAUGACCUAUCGAACCACAUUGGACCUUCUCUUCAAAUGGCAAAGAUUUGUCCCCAACUACAAAUGUGACACUCAGAAAAACCUCAUGGCUGUGAUUGGGGGACUUACUUCUGAAAUCUCUAUCCAAAUGGAAAGUGUCUUAAGUCUCUACAGGAUUCCACAGGUCACCUAUGGCGCAUUUGCUUCAGAGGAGAGUCAAUCAAUGCAGAAGUCUUUUUAUACCAUGGUCCCAAAUGAAGACCUUGAAUAUGCAGGGAUUAUCCGGUUACUUCAGUACUUCAGAUGGAAGUGGGUGGGGCUCUUUGUUGCCAAAUAUGACAGCGGAGAACAUUUUUUGAAGAUCAUGGAGCCAUUGUUUUCCCAGAAUGGAAUCUGUUCAGCCUUCACAAAAAGAAUCCCACUUCAAGCUCAUAUAGAAGAUCUGGAUAAAAUAUCUGGUGAAAUUGAAGGUAUUUAUGAAGGUCUCAGAGAUGAAAAGGCCAGUACAGUUAUCCUCUAUGGAGAUGAUGGGGCAACUGCAUGGCUGAGAACAGCUGUCUCAUUCAAACAUAAUAGAAACCUGCAAAACACAUCAUUUGCGAAGGUCUGGAUCAUGACAGCCAAGAUAGAUUUUGUAUCUUUCGGAUUUCAGAGAAACCUGGAUUUUCGGCUAUUCCAAGGUGCCCUUUCCUUUACAAUUCACUCAGAAGAACUUCUAGAGUUCAACCAAUUCCUCCAGAACAUCGAAACACACAGGACCAAAGCAGAUGGCUUUUGGAAGGACUUCUGGGAGCAGGCAUUUGACUGUCUCUGUCCUGAUCCAGGUAUGCCUGUCAAGGAAGAUGGAAUGUGUACUGGAGAGGAGAGGCUAGAAAGUCUCCCUGCAGGUGUUUUUGAAAUGCGCAUGACUGGGCAGAGCUACAGUAUCUAUAAUGCUGCCUAUGCUAUAGCUCACACAUUGCGCGCCAUUUCCUCAACCAGAUCCCCACACAGAACAGUGACCGUUGGUUACAGUGUUGGAUUUCCAUCUCUGCAGCCUUGGCAGAUCAACUCAUUUCUUCAAGGUGUUUCAUUUAACAACUCAGCUGGAGAAACGGUAUCAUUUAAUGAUAACAGGGAAAUGAGAGGAGGGUUUGAUAUCAUGAAUCUGGUCACAUUCCCAAACACGUCUUUCCAGAGAGUGAAAGUUGGAUGGGUGGGUCUCAGUGAUAGAGGAGAUAAAGAGUUAAUCAUCAAUGAGGACAAAAUUCUAUGGCACCAAAGUUUUAACCAGGUGCUUCCCUUUUCUUUGUGCAAUGAACCCUGCCACUCUGGUCAUCAGAAGAAAAGGAAGGAAGGGGAAAAGUUUUGUUGCUAUGAUUGCACUCCAUGCCCAGCGGGGAAGAUUUCAAACCAGACUGAUAUGGAUGCAUGUUCCAAUUGCCCAGAAGAUCAGUAUCCAAACAAGAAGAGAAAUGGAUGCAUCCCCAAAGCAAUAUGUUUUCUGUCCUAUGAAGAACCUUUAGGGAUCAUUUUAGCCUCUGUUUGUAUCUUAUGUUCUUUGAUUACUGCUUUGGUGUUGGCUAUUUUUAUCCAGCACAAGGAUACCCCCAUAGUCAUAGCCAACAACCGAGAGCUUACCUACACUCUCCUGGUCUCCCUCCUGCUCUGCUUCCUCUCCUCUUUGCUUUUCCUCGGCCAACCUGGAAAAGUGACUUGCCUUCUCCAACAACCUGCUUUUGGCAUCAUCUUCUCUGUAGCUGUUUCUUGUGUGUUGGCCAAGACUAUCAUUGUUUCUCUAGCAUUCAUAGCCACAAAGCCAGGAUCUAUGAUGAAGAAAUGGGUGGGAAAGAGACUGGCCCAUUCUAUUGUCCUUUCAGCUUCCCUCAUUCAGGUGGGUAUCUGUACUCUGUGGCUGAUAACAUCUCCCCCCUUCCCUGAUCUAGACAUGAAUUCAGUAGCUGAAGAAACCAUUGCGCAAUGUAACGUUGGGUCUGUCACCAUGUUCUAUUGUGUCUUAGGCUACAUGGGACUCUUGGCCCUCACCAGCUUCAUUGUGGCCUUCCUGGCCCGCAAGUUACCUGACAGUUUUAAUGAAGCCCAGUUCAUCACCUUCAGUAUGUUAGCAUUUUGCAGUGUUUGGAUCUCUUUUGUUCCAACCUACCUGAGCACAAAAGGGAAACACAUGGUGGCUGUGGAGAUCUUCUCCAUCUUGGCCUCCAGUGCUGGGUUACUGGGUUGUAUCUUUUCCCCAAAAUGCUACAUCAUGGUGCUGAGGCCUGAACUGAACAGCAGGGAUCAAUUAAUACGAAGAAAGGAUUAA